AUGUUGACGUGCAGCGGCAGCCUGAGCCAGAGGGCUAACGAUAGCUCACCACCAUCAUUGCCAUCUAACUCCACAAGUGAAGCUGUAUCCGUGGCCGUGGCUGUGCAACCUUCUUCUCCAUCCAGCCAGGAGGAGAGGCUGGAUUUGGCUGUGCCCAGCGGUGUUCCAACAGUUCCCCCAAGGGCCCCAACCGAUAGGGGACUCUAUGGCGCUAUUGAGACCCCCGACGCCAAGAUCAAAAGCUAUAUUAUUGCAACCGGUCUAUUGGAGGUCCAGGAGGGGGAGCCAGGGAAUAAGGUGUCUAUGGAUCAGCUCUUCAAGGGGAAGAAAGGAGUCCUCUUUGCUGUACCUGGAGCUUUUACCCCUGGUUGUUCCAAGACUCACCUUCCAGGUUUUGUGGAGCAGGCUGCGGACCUGAAGAGUAAAGGUAUGCAGGAGGUCGCUUGCAUCUCUGUCAAUGACGCAUUCGUCAUGGCUGCCUGGGGAAAGGAGCACGGAGCAGAUGGAAAGGCGGUUGAUCUGCUGCUUGACAGUGAUCAGAUUGUUCAGGCACUUGGGAACAAGCGAUCCAAGAGAUAUGCGAUGGUGGUGGAAGAUGGAGUUGUGAAGAAGAAUCAAUGUGGAGCCAGAGCGGACACCUGGGCUGACCUGCAGCUUCGGCUUCUAGAUGUUGCUGUCUGA